AUGGAAGCUAUAUUGGAUGAAAAAGCAUACAAAAAGCCAUUAGGUGCAUUUACUGCAAAGCUCUCCAAGGGUACAACAUUAAGUGGUCACGAGGUUGUCAAGUACGAUCAUGUGCUAACGAAUUUGGGCGGAGCUUACAAUCCAAAGUCUGGAAUAUUCAUCGCCCCCUAUGACGGUCUCUACACCAUAUCGGGUACACUUAUGAGUCAGCCAUCAAAUAGUGUACAUUUGAGGAUUAUUAAGAAUGGGCUAAAGAUGGCUAUACUAUACUCUGCAUGUAAGACGUAUCCUCAGUCUGGACAAACACUCCAUCUGCUACUCAAUAAAGGGGAUAGAGUCUGGAUUCAGAAAGGCAGUUGGAAGAUAGCAAAGCUCCACGACCACGGCUCUUAUAAUUUGUUUUCUGUUAUUCUAAUAACAGAUUUCUGA